UUUCAGUCUAGCCGUAACAGCUCACCGCAACGUAUAGACGACGUAAUUCCCUUUACAGUGCAAACUCGUCUCUCUCGCGUUUUUCCUGGAGACCCAAAACGCGCGAACAUCUCCGCGCAACACGUGUGAGUGAGUGUGCUGCGGCAGUGUCAGUUGGCGAAGUGGCGCGCUUGUGUGUUUCCAGAGGCAGCGUGAUCGGAGCAAAAACUUUCACUACUUUCUCAAUCGGCGGCAGAAGACGAAUUCGACCGAACGGAUUCGGCCAAUCACAGAGGCUGCAGAGCUCUUCAGCGAACGACCGGUUUGGGCUUGUGCAAUUCCUAGCGGACGAUCGAGGUGGACUAUUCGUUCGUUCCUACCAGUAGUGUUGAUAGCAGCCGGACAGUUCAGAGCGUACGGGAAGUUAGAUCGAUAGCGUGGACAAAUUAAGUGUUUGUGAAAUUUGGUGAGAGAUUAGUGCAUAUCGGAGUUAGACGGAACAGUGGGUGCAUUGUUGUAUUAGUGACAUUGAAGGGCACUUAUCGUCGCAAUCAGCGUGUAAAGUUCAGUGGAUACCGAAAUUCACGGAAGGGCGCUGAACCUGACGGAAGGCCAAAAGAGGCACACCAAAAUCAACGUACGCUGGACACUAAGAUUGACGACAUGGGCCACCUUCCGUUACCGGUCUUAGCGGAAACCGUCGUCUAAGUACAUUACAGCGCCGAAUUACUGGCAAGCAAAUGACUGAAUUAGCCUCAACUGGAUUGGUUUUCAAGUGGGAUUUCGAAAGUGACACACGCGCCCCGUCCAACAAGUGAGAGUGGAAAUUAAUCGAAGAAAGUGGUGAACACUCGGAGUGUCGGUGCAGUAAUUCUAGUAAUAAAUCGAAAGUGAAGACAAAUUCAAGACCCUUCAGUGCGUGUGGCAAAGCAUCGAGUACAUAGUGUUGCCGAGCAGCUAGGAUAGGAAAAAGUAUGCAAUCAAGUGCGUCCGAUAUGGAGUCGAGGUUGGUUGGGGAGCAUCAAAGUGGCCAUCUUUGCGACAAAAACGGCGUCGUCCCUCGGAGAAAGAUGGUCAGUGGAACGAGCUGGUUGACGAUAAUCGUGUGUCUAAGUGCGUUGACGACCCUAGCCCUGGCCACCGAGGAAAGCACGACACUGGCAAAGAUCGAGGACGAGCCCACCACCAAUUACCAUAAUCAGAAAAUCGAUGACAGUAGUAGUGAUAGCAGUGUGGACCAGUUAACCGAAGAAAUUAGCAACCUGACCAUCUCGACCGAGGAACCCCUCACGGUUAGCACGGCCCGCAGUAGAGGGCCCCUGUUCUCGACCGGAAACCGCCUCUGGGAUGCUCUGAUUGCCGAUUGUAUCAAGAAACCGACGUUUGCUUGCAUUCAAAAGAAUGUGUACAGUUUUCUCGGAGAAUCACUGGAAGUUGGAGACUUUAAUGUGAGCAAUCGGGUGAUAUUCACCAAGAAUCGUGUAGAUUUCACCAAAUAUACCCGGGAGGCAAAUGAAGAUGAUCACCACGAGGCGGAUAACGAGAUUCCAGACGCCAGAGGAGAUUUUGAACCAACGUCGCCCAUCGAGGAGGUUACCACGGCGCUGCAUGACAAAACGCUGAAGUUUAUGCUAACACACGAUGUCAACAUUCGGAUGCCGGAGAUCAUGUUCGAUGGUGCCAUUUUCCGCAUCGAGCCCCGUGCCAUCGAAGGCAAUGGAAUGCUGGCCAAGUUGGAGUUUGUACCCCGGACAACAGUCGUGGCACGUGGAUCGUCGGAGCCCAGGAUCCUAUUCAAAAAGAUAAAAAAAUUCUUCCAAAGCAAGCUGCUGCUGGCCUUCCUCGGGGUCAUCCUGGUCAUCAAGAUCAUCAAAAUCAAAAUCAUGUGGCUGCUUCCGCUGCUGGUCGGCGUCGGCACGGCCAAGAAACUGGUCCUCAAGUUCCUGCUGUUCCUCUUCCCGGCCCUGUCGCACAUCUUCAAGCUCUGCUCGUACUACCACGCUUCGUACCAUAAGCCCAACUUCCACCACCAUCAGCAUCACAUCAACCAUCUGCACUCGUUCUACCAGCAUGACAAGGAAAUCCCGGAGCUGAUCUUCACCAAGCCUCCCCGCGGCCACCCCUCGGAAUACAUACACGGAGCGCCGGUGCCACCACAUGCCCACUUCCAGCCGGAGCUACACUACGAAUCGUCCGGACCCGGACUGGGAUCAGAGUUCAUUAGCGAUAGAAACUCUUACGUAGACACCUCGUUCAAGCCGCGGUACGAAGACUUGAACGAUAUCAAUGCAUGGGGUUUGGGCACUGGCACCACAGCAGCACUGCCUCAGCAACCACCUCCAUCAUCAUCAUCAUCAUCAUCUGCAUUCUCUUCACCAUCCUCCUCCGGUAGUAGUACUAGCCACCACCGAAGCAGCAAUGUCAAUCCACUCACGCAACAUCAGUCCAGAAUCGUUAUUCCCAAACCCGUUUACGGCCCACCACCCUCCGCUUACGGACCAUCGGCCCAUGGCUAUCCAGCGUCGGCUCUGAAACGGACACCGACCGGCGCGGCCAGUUCUAUUGCAGCCGCGUACGUUUCAGCCCCAUCCGGAUCAACGGCGGCAGUGGAAGAACAGCUGAUCCGUGAAGCGCAGAGGCAGGAAGCCUACAGGAUAGCCCAGGAACAGAAACUCAUCGCCAAGCAGCAACAGAUCGUCAAUCACCAAGCGUUCGUGCAGGAGGGCGUCACUCCAAGGCCCGUCGAUCCGUUCUACAGUCCCAUUCUGCAGCGGUUGGACAAGGUGUUCAACAUGCUCGGCGUGGUGGAUGAAAACUGCCGGGAACGGCUUGUUUGCGCUAUGUACAAGGCACCGAUCAAGUACAGUCCGCACAGUAACUACGUUUCGGCGGAACUGAGCAGGGACGCCUCGGAGCUGCAGAAACCCACCUCGACGAACGCGGCCGUGAUUCGGUUCUACCGGUACGUGCAGGCCGCCCGCGACGGUCAAGACCAGCGGGACUGCCGGCAGACUUACUCGCUCUGUACAAUCAACAUUGACAAGAAGAAGUAGUAAACGCAACAAAAUAAUGACACAACAAACCAACAAUAGACCGGAAAAUAAGGCAUCAUCACAAACGAAUUCGGAACGGAACCAGUUGCUCACAAUAAGGGAAUGACGAUUUGGGCGAGGAAGCAUGCAAUACCUCAAUUUGCAGAAAAAUGUGGGAGUAUGGUUAGAAUAAUACGAUUGUCUGCGAAUUUGACAGCAAUUUCAUCGCAGAAUUCUGUCGAAACCUUAAAGAACUUGUAACUUAAACAUCUGAAGGUGUUUUUUGGAGGUUAACUGAACUUGCUCUCGUGUACAUAAUAAACAGCCAGAAAAAGUGUGAAAUGCACUGCUCAUUAGUUUGUAAGGAUUCCUCCAGUAAUAGAACGUCUAACUUAGUCAAAUUAACAUAGAACUAGUAGAUAAAUGAGGGUAUUCAGGUGUUGGAACAUGUAAUAACAACAAUUGAUAGGGACCGAAUUUCAAAACAUUACGGAAACGAUCUAUCAAAAGGCACACUAUUAGAAGAUAGCUUUCUAUGGGGUCAACUUUUGUUUUGACCGUGAAUUUUCUAACAAAAAAGUGAAAGGAAAUACAUGAGGUCCAGUAGUGUACCAAAUUGUUUCAGGUUAUAGUUAUAACGUAUUUAUUGUGAAUCGUUUCUUAGAUGAACCGAUGGUUGCUUACUGUUAGUAAUUUAUUUGUUUUAUGUUUAAUUUAUUUCAUAUUUAUUUAUUUAUUUAUUUAUUUUGUACUGUAAAAAUAGCAACUAAUAAAUUAUUAAACUU